AAACCCCCAAAAGCUUAGAAUUAUUGUCAUUUCAGAUACCGCUUUCUCCAUUAUUUUCUCUCUAAUUUGAGAUUCAAAGUUUCAUUGCACUUUUUUUUAACCAGACCCCACAAACAACAAACCGGAAAUCAACAAUUCCGACGCCGGAAAACUGUACCCAUUUCCGUUAAUCGUCAAGCUCCAGUUCCUCAUCGCUUUCGUUUUCAAGGUUAUUAAAGGAUCUUGUUAUGCCAUAUGGGUAUAUCUAGUUCCUGUCCAUUUGCAGAGUAUAUUGAUUUGGGGAAUAGUUUAGAAUCUAUUCUGAUAAAAUCCACAAGUUUUGGAGAUGAAGAAAAAACUCUACUGCGGUCCAUCAGUUUCACAAGCAGAGAUUCAGAAUCUAAAGUGUUGAAAUCAGCAAGUUCUCAAAAUGUAUCUUUGGAAGGAUCUAUUAGCUUCAAAGGGAGAGAUUUGGAGAAUCUGUCCUCAACGGAGGCUUCUUCAUUAGAAACAGGAAAUGAUAUAGGUGUUGCGUCCAUCAGCCCAAAGAGUGAAGAGUUUGACAAUCAAUCUCUAACUUCGGAUAAUGAUACAGAUAGAUUCCAGAUGUUACCAGUUUUGGAUCCAACCAAUCCAAAACAUGCUGCUGCUCUAAAAUUGCAGAAGGUGUAUAAAAGCUUCCGCACCAGAAGAAAGCUAGCAGAUUGUGCUGUUCUUGUUGAACAGAGCUGGUGGAAACUCUUAGACUUUGCUGAACUCAAGCGAAGUUCUAUAUCAUUCUUUGACAUGCAAAAACGUGAGUCUGCCAUUUCACGCUGGUCAAGAGCGAGAACUAGAGCAGCUAAGGUUGGAAAAGGCUUAUCCAAGAAUGCUAAAGCUCGAAAGCUUUCUUUGCAGCAUUGGCUUGAGGCGAUUGAUCCGCGACAUCGCUAUGGCCACAACUUACAUUUUUAUUACAUGAAAUGGCUUCACAGCCAGAGUAAAGAACCCUUCUUCUACUGGUUGGAUAUAGGAGAAGGGAAGGAAGUAAAUCUAGUCGAAAAAUGCCCGCGAUGGAAACUCCAACAGCAGUGCAUCAAGUAUUUGGGUCCUAUGGAAAGGCUUGCAUAUGAAGUAAUUAUGGAAGAUGGGAAACUCGUAUACAAACAAUCAGGGAAACUUGUCCACACAAUUGAAGAAGCUAAAAAUACAAAAUGGAUUUUUGUCCUAAGUACGUCAAAGACCAUGUAUGUUGGGAAGAAGAAGAAAGGUACAUUCCAGCACUCGAGCUUCUUGGCUGGAGGAGCUACAACUGCUGCUGGGAGAUUGGUUGUGGACAAUGGUGUUCUGAAGGCUGUUUGGCCUCAUAGCGGACAUUAUCGACCCACGGAAGAAAACUUUAAGGACCUAAUGUCAUUCCUUAAAGAAAACAAUGUGGAUCUUACUGAUGUGAAGACAAGUCCUGUUGAUGAGGGGGAUGAUUAUCUGGACAACCAAAAGAGUAGCCGCCACAUUAGGAACAACUCAUCAGAGGAGGACUUCAUAGAAAAGCUGAACGGCUUCGAGAGUGAAGAGAACAAUAUUGAAGAAUCCACUGAAGGAAAAUCUGAUUCAUUUGAGCAAAGACAGUCAUCCAUUGAAAUAUCUGAUUUAAAACGUCACAACAUUGGGAAAAAGUUGAGCAGUCUUGAGAUACCAAACAGGGCUGAAGUGAUUGCGAUGUUUGAGAAGGAACAACAAGAUGUGGAAACCAGUGGUAAUAAUGGUUUUCUAUUGGAAUCCCCUGUUGUUGAUAGUUACCAGUAUACAGAAAAUUAUUUCUCUCCAAAGCCAAACGUCUCUGGUGAAGAUCAAGGGAAUACUGAAGUGAAGAUCAUUCCUGAGGAGUCAGUCCUUAGAAGGUUAAAUUCACAUAAAGAAGCCAAUUCAUACCAACUAGGGAAACAGUUGUCCUGCAGAUGGACAACAGGAGCCGGUCCCCGCAUAGGCUGCGUACGAGAUUAUCCAUCAGAACUUCAACUACGAGCACUGGAGCAAGUGAGUUUAUCACCAAGAUGCACCGUACAUUCUAGGCAUCACUGCUAUCCUUACAUCGCCAUUGAGAUGAGCCCGAGGUCAGUAAUACCGCCAACUUCACAGGCCAGUUAACAGGAAACAUAAGAAGAUGAUUGACCAUUCCUAGACAUGAUCCUCUUGUUUUUUUGUCUUUCAGAGGAACAUCAAUGAAUGGAGCAGAUAGUACACCGGAAUGGCUAUAGAUUACUUAUAUGUUCAUUCUUUUGUAUAUACACAAAAAGAUGAUGUAGGAACUCUUCACUGAUUUUUUCCUACUAACCUAUUUUUUCCUUUUACAAUUUUUGUGUAACAAAGGGAAACUGCACACAUCUUUUCCCAUUCCAUUUCUUCUUAUAAUGAAUAGAAGCAGAAAUUUUGGAGUUUCAUGAA